UAAAUGGCAACAUAACCAAUGCUACAGUGCCUAUGAUUAGCAGUGAUUGUAACGACCAAGCUCAGUUGGAGCUUACAUUGGUGUCAGCGCGUUGUGAACGUGAUGUUUGCGAUUUUAUCGCAUUAACCCGUAAUAGAGAGUUCGUUGGCGAUUACAUACAAUCAAUGAUGUCUGUGCAAGCGUUUCGAGAAUCGUGGUCAGAAUCGGCCAAAAUAGUCGCCCCAUUGGGCGUCAAUCUCAUGGACUGUAUUAAUGGCUAUCGAUUCAAGUUUGGGGACAAACCAUUUGGCGGAGUGGGAUGUAUACCGUGUUUGGCCUAUCAGUUCGCUAUCGUAGACACGUUACGAUCGCUGGGCGUUACGCCCGACGGCUACUUUGGCCACUCGUUAGGCGAAGUGAUGUGCGCUUAUAUGGACGGGUGGGCCGAUAAGGGCCAGUGUUUGUUGGCGUAUAUCGCAGCGCAAUUGAGCGCCACAGAUAAAUACCAAGAUGGCAUGUUACUGCAAGCGGCCACCGAUUGCACCUGGUCUGAGCUGACCGCUCGGUGCGAGCGCUGGCCACCAACACCUGCCGGCCGGCCUACUCUCUACCCGAGCCAUCACCUAAACGUCAGGCGCACUCACGUGACCGGCUAUGAAGCGCCAGUUCGGGCCCUGAUUGACGAACUGAACGCUCAAGGGCAAAUGGCCAAACCAUUAUGGUUGGCCCCUUAUAGCGUACACACCGGCUCGGCAUUCAUGGCCAACACGUACGACACGUUGCUUAAGCAGUUUGAACGCGUAGUGCCGGACCCUCAGCGCCGGCGACACAGCGCCCGUUGGCUCACUUCAGUGCCGCCGACGAGUGGCGGGCCGUCUCUAUCAUCGCCUCCCGAAUACACAUUCGCCGAGUUUAUGGCGUUAAUGGUUUGGUCGCCGGUCGACGUCAAGUCGGCUGUGGAUCGACUGCCGGCCGACGCACUGGUCAUUGAUAUCUCAGGUCAGCGCGAUUUGAGACACGUUGUGCUCAAAGACAGACCUCAGGCUAUAUAUAUUGGUUGCACACGAGUUGGGCCCACAAUAGCCAACCAAUCGGUGGCUGCUAAUGGCUCGUCUUCGGGUAUCGGCGAAGCGAUUGCCAUAAAGUUGUGGUCUUUGGGCGCGAAUGUAGUCAUCACUGGAGGGGAUGAGAAACGUAUCGCAGAAGUAGUGAACAAAUCUUUCACCCCGAGCUCUAAAAUGAUGCUCCACUGUAUGGCCAAAUGUGCCCUGGACAUGUUCACCAAAUGUCUAGCCUUACAGCUUGGACCUAAAGGAAUCAGGGUGAAUAGUGUCAACCCGGCUACUAUACGGACGCCAAUCUUUGAACGAAUCACAGGAGACACCAAACUAUUGGACCAAUUGGUGAUCCACUGCCGGCAGACGUAUCCGUUGGGCCGAAUCGGCGAACCCGAGGAAGUGGCCGAAGCCGUGGCCUUUUUGGCCAACGAGAGCAGCGCUUCGUUCAUCACUGGACUCAUUAUGACAGUCAAUGGGGGCGCCAAUCAUUUGCCCAAUUAAUUAUGUGCGAC